AUGGAUCACUUCAGCUAUUUGACUUUAAAUGAUGAAUUUGAAGUAGAGGGAGGUCUGCUGAACUUAUCAUUGGCAAACACGACAGAUAACGUUGACCCUGAGAGGAAUUCGGAUGAGGACGUCUCUAUGCCUGAUGUAUCUUUUUACCAGGACCAAGAAAAGCCAACUAAUAUGGAUGGUCAAAGACCCAGCAUCGUUGGUGAUUUGAAAGGACAGGUGAAUCAAACGUCUAGGAUAAUUGAUAUUUUUCAUCCAACUGAGUCGGGCGCACGCUUAGCUCGGUCAGGAAGACGCAAUAACAAGAUUCAGAGAAAUGCGGAAAUCGAGUUUAUAGGAGACGCGAAACUGCAGCAUGCUGAAGAAUCUCCACUGCGCUGCGAUGGGACUGGAUCAGUAGCGAAACAACGAAAUGUAAUUGAAACUGAAAACGAAGAUUCAUUUUCGGAAUCAAAGGCAAGAGAAACAGAACCUUACGACUUUCAAGUUCAUAACCAUUAUUACUUUUCUUUCAAUUUACCUCGAGAGGACUCUGCACGACUGCCUCAACCAUGGACACAGGAGUCAAAACCUUGUUUCAAGGUACCAUAUUUAUUAUUGACUUACCUACAAAUUUUGUUAAACACUUUGACGGCAUGUUACUGCUUGAAACUUGGCUAUGAUGGCAUACAGGGUAUAAAGGUUGAUAUCGAAAGAGCAGUCAAACAAAAGAUUCAUACUUCCUACUUUGAAAUAGAAGCAUGCCGAAGAAAAUAUGUUGAGAAUCACUGUGAUCCCUAUACGCGACUUCCAGCUUUACAGGAAACAUGCCUACAAUGGGAAGCUUGCAUGAACAGAAACCCAUUCCUUUCAGUGUCCUAUACUACUCUAUUGGCUGAGAUUCUUGGAACCAUUUUGAGCUCUUUUGCAGAGCCUUUAAAUGUCAAAAGUUUUUCUUUACUGUUUAUGAUCUUGGGCUUUUGUUAUUUGUCCAACUUUGGGUGGGGAUUUCUGAGAUCUGGUACAUACUACGGCUGGAAUCAUAAGGACGCCAACCUCGAUGUCAAAGCGGUAAAGAUACCGGUGUCGCGUGAGUCAAAUUACCAGAAAUUCUCCAAUCAAAUCACUAUACCCGAACGCACCGAUGAUACCCAAUCCCACUGA